AUGACCCACCACGAUGGUGCAUAUCCCUCCAAAUCCUCCGCUCAGGAAGUAUUUGACAAGGCUUAUUUCCUUCUCAGACAUUUCAGUGAGACGUCGACCGACAAGCUUUACUUAAGCGUGGAGGUCAGUCUUCUAAAACGGCCUUCUAAAACUAUCAGGUUCGAUCACAAAUCUUCAGUGCAAAAAGUAACAAUCAUGUCUGAGAAAACUUCAUCAAAUCAGCCACAGCCAAUUGUUAAAAUUGGCCAUUAUACACUAGGACAGACAUUAGGCGUCGGUACAUUUGGUAAAGUAAAAAUUGGAGAACAUGUUUUAACAAAACAUAAGGUUGCUGUGAAAAUUUUAAAUCGCCAAAAGAUUAAAAGUUUAGAUGUGGUUGGGAAGAUUAGAAGGGAAAUACAAAAUCUGAAACUUUUCAGACAUCCUCAUAUUAUUAAAUUAUAUCAGGUUAUAAGUUCACCCACUGAUAUAUUUAUGAUAAUGGAAUAUGUAUCUGGUGGAGAAUUAUUUGACUAUAUUGUAAAGCAUGGCAAACUAAAAGAAUACGAGGCUCGGAGAUUCUUCCAACAGAUUAUUUCUGGCGUCGAUUAUUGUCACAGGCAUAUGAUAGUUCAUCGCGACUUAAAACCAGAAAAUCUAUUGCUAGAUCACAAUCUACAUGUAAAAAUAGCAGAUUUUGGCUUAUCGAACAUGAUGAUGGAUGGAGAAUUCUUACGUACUUCUUGCGGUUCCCCUAAUUACGCAGCGCCAGAAGUAAUUUCUGGUAAAUUAUAUGCUGGCCCUGAAGUUGAUAUCUGGUCUUGUGGGAUAAUAUUAUAUGCUUUACUUUGUGGUACUUUACCAUUUGAUGAUGAACAUGUACCAACACUUUUUCCUGGAGUUUUCCCUAUUCCAGAAUACCUGAAUAAAACUGUUGUAAGUCUUUUAUGUCACAUGUUGCAGGUGGAUCCUAUGAAAAGGACAACGAUUGAAGAUAUUAAGAAACACGAAUGGUUUCAAAAGGAUUUACCUUCGUAUUUGUUCCCUUCACCUGUUGAACAAGACGCCUCUGUAAUUGAUAUAGACGCAGUAAACGAAGUUUGCGAAAAAUUCAAUGUAAAAGAAGCAGAAGUUCAUUCAGCACUGUUAGGUGGAGAUCCUCACGAUCAGCUGGCAAUUGCUUAUCACUUGAUAAUAGACAAUAAGAGAAUUGCAGACGAGGCUGCUAAGGCAGAGUUAAAAGAUUUCUAUGUGGCUUCUAGUCCACCUCCUGUUGCUUUUAGUCCUAAUGAUACCAGCAGCAGCCCUUUAAGACCACAUCCAGAAAGAAUAGCACCAUUACGAGAAAGACAAAGCUCUCAAGGAAGCACAUCAUCCUCGAUACAAGGAGCUCGUGGCACGCCAGUAAAACGGGCCAAGUGGCAUCUAGGUAUUCGUUCGCAAUCCAAACCGAACGACAUUAUGAACGAAGUCUAUAGAGCUAUGAAAGCUCUCAAUUUCGAAUGGAAAAUCAUAAACGCUUACAGCGUCAGAGUGCGUCAAAAGAAUAAGCUGACAGACAGAUACAGCAAGAUGUCGUUACAACUUUAUCAAGUUGAUUACAAAAGUUAUUUGUUAGAUUUCAAAUCUUUAUCAAACGAGGAAGAAGACAUUGGGCGAGGUAAACAACCUGCCGUCAGUGUUAAUGACGAUAUCGAUCAAUAAUGCAAGCGUUAUUUUAGAUCCCACACUUCCGCCACCUCAGGCAACAGGUCAUCACACUAUGGAAUUCUUUGAAAUGUGCGCAGCAUUGAUCACGCAAUUGGCUCGAUAG